AACAAGAAACAUUAUAGAAAAAAUAAGAGUCAUGACUAAGUUUGUGUGUGCAUUUGUUGUCAUCUUUGUCUUGGCUUUUGUAACUCAACUUGUUUAUGGUGGUGGUGAAGGAUCUCUUACGGUUAAAGAGUGUCCUAAAGCAUGUGACUAUCGUUGUUCAAAGGCUAGUGGUAGGGAAGACUGCUUGUACUUCUGUAACUUGUGUUGCGACAAGUGUUUAUGUGUUCCAUCAGGAACAUUCGGUAACAAGGAAGAAUGUCCAUGUUAUAACAACUGGAAAAAUAAGUCAGGAAAACCUAAGUGUCCCUGAUUUAACUUCAAUUU